AAACGCUGACUAACCAGUCGAAUAAGUUCCUUUCGCAUAUCGAAAGUAUCGUUUAAGUAUGUGCUCCUCUUCCACAAACACUUUGCAUAUCAAUAUCACGAAAAACGCAAGCAUGAAGACUGCCUUCGCUCUUUUCUGCGUACUUUACUUCGUGUGUUGCGGGGUUACUGCCAAUGAGACGUCAGACACGUGUUUGAAACAAAUGGGUCUUAGCAUCGCUGAUCUCCCAAGUUUAGCUCACGACAACAGCCCUGAGGUAAUGAGAAAACGUGGAUGCCUCGAAGCCUGUGUGAUGCAGAAGAUGAGUCUGAUGGAUGGCAACAUUAUUAACACACAGAAGAUCGACGAAGUGCUCGACAAGCUAUUGUCUGAUGGUGAGAACAAAGAGAUCGUUCGCAAUAAUGUACACCAAUGUGCCAAGGAUGCUGCGAACGACGACCAGUGUGUGGUUGCUCAAAACUUCGCCCACUGUGGCCUGGAACACUUGAAACUCACUGCUCGUCAGCUGCUGACAACAAUAUCACAGAUCGAAACGCUGACCAACCAGUUGAAGAAGUUUGUGUCUAGCGGUAGUUCGUGUUCACUUUGCAUCUAUCGUAACUGUUCUUUCUCUACGGACACUUUCAGCAUCGAUAUCUUGAAAAAAAACGCAAGCAUGAAGACUGCCUUCGCUCUUUUCUGCGUACUUUACUUCGUAUGUUACGGGGUUACUGCCGAUGAGAUGUCCGAGACGUGCUUGAAACAAAUGGGUCUUUCUAUCUUUGACCUAGGAAACUUAAUUCGCGACAACAGCCCAGAAGGAAUAAGAAGACGAGGAUGCUUCGAAGGUUGUCUGAUGCAAAAGAUAGGUCUGAUGGAUGGUAACGUUAUUAAUCUGCGUAAGAUCGACGAACAAAUCGACAGAACAUAUCCUGACAGUGAGAAGAAGGACAUCAUUCGUGAUACCAUACACCAAUGUGCCUAUGAUGCUGCGAGCGACGACCAAUGCGUGGUUGCCCAAAACUUUGGUAGAUGUGGCCUAGAUCAACUGAGAUUCGCUGAACUCGCUCAUCGAUUGACAUCAUAAACAAUGGCAUAAAUCGUCGAGGCUUGCUCUUAAACUCAACAAAUUCCGGCAAUGUAAUUCAUGUAGUUUGUAAAGUAAUUCGCUGAAUUAAUUGUAAAAAUUAGCAAUAAAACGAAAAGCAUUUAAA